AUGCUCCGUUUUGUGGAUUAUGUUGUUCUUGUCGGAUAUGACUUUGAAAAAUCAGUUGGUGGUGAAAGCGAAGGACGUAUUUUACAAAGAUUUCCUUCAAAAUGUUGGGACGACUAUCCUUACAACUUCAAAAUUGAGACAUUCUGUCAACCUUGUGGUUGGUAUCUUAGUCGGAACAAACCAGCACCAACAUUCUUUGUUGCGUACUUGACAGAUGUUGCUGGAAAUCCAUAUUUUGCAGCCUGUCUUACUUUUCACGAGGCUGUAUCACCUAGUCAACUACUAAAAUUUAAAAAUCCUUAUAAUACUAUUCAUAACAGAGUAAGGGCUGCAGGGAAUGAGUUGAAUCGUUAUCCUCAUAAUGGACCUAUAGAUGGGUCAUUUGUAAAUAAAAAAGGCUUUCUUAUUUCUAAUUUUGCAUGUCAGUCUGAAAAUUAUCCCUUAAAUACUCGUAUCAGCGUAACCAGUUUGGAUAGUAAUGCUAGUUCACCGUUGAGUUCAGCAAUCGGUGUACACGAUCAGUCGAUAAACCAUUGUGGUCUGAGGUCGAUAUAUGAUGCUGGUGAUCCAAAUCUAGUACGUCCACCGGAAUUUUAUGCACCAAAGUGUUUGGUUUUCCUUGCUCGUCAUCAACACUUUGAUGUGUUGAAGAAUAGUCUGAGCUUAUUGUACACUGUCUUCGCUGAUUCAUUACGUCAAUACUCUGUGGAACAAAUGAUUGCGACAGUACUUGGCGGUGUAGAAGUUCCACCAACAGGCAUACAUAUGUUCCUAUACUGCCUAAAUCGUUAA